GCGGGGACGCGGCGACGGUGGCGGCGGCUCCGUGUCGCCGGAGCCGAAGCGCGCAGGCCCGUCCCGGCGGUCGGGGGGCGGGCGGGGCGAGGGCGCCAUGUGGUUCAUGUACGUGCUGAGUUGGCUUUCGCUCUUCAUCCAGGUGGCCUUCAUCACGCUGGCCGUCGCGGCUGGACUCUAUUACCUGGCAGAACUGAUAGAAGAAUAUACAGUGGCCACCAGCAGGAUCAUAAAAUACAUGAUCUGGUUCUCCACAGCUGUGCUGAUUGGCCUCUACGUGUUUGAGCGUUUCCCCACCUUCAUGAUUGGCGUGGGCCUCUUCACCAACCUCGUCUACUUUGGCCUCCUCCAGACCUUCCCCUUCAUCAUGCUGACCUCGCCUAACUUCAUCCUUUCCUGCGGGCUAGUGGUGGUGAAUCAUUACCUAGCAUUUCAGUUUUUUGCAGAGGAAUAUUAUCCUUUCUCAGAGGUCCUGGCCUAUUUCACUUUCUGUCUGUGGAUAAUCCCGUUUGCGUUCUUUGUGUCACUGUCGGCUGGGGAAAACGUCCUGCCCUCCACCAUGCAGCCAGGAGAUGACGUGGUCUCCAAUUACUUCACCAAAGGCAAGCGGGGCAAACGCUUAGGGAUCCUGAUUGUCUUCUCCUUCAUCAAAGAGGCCGUUCUACCCAGUCGUCAGAAGAUAUACUGAACCCCUUUGGGAGGGGAUGCGGGGGCAAGAUCAGGAGAGUCGGGCCCCUGGGCCUCUGCACUAGGCGGGGACCGUGAGCCUGGAAGGCACCUUCCCCCAGCCUUGGCCCUCGUUCCCUUGACUCUCCCUGAAGCCCUCAUCCCCACCUUCCUCAAAGGGCUCAGCUUGGCUCAGAUCUGACGCUGCUAGAGGCCGUGACCUCAGAGGGCACCAGGAGGAUGGCAGAGCCUGCUUAGCCAGGAGGCCAUAGGCCACCUGGUUAGGCGGGAGCUGAGCUCCCUAUGACCCUCCUGCCCACUUCCGUGGUGGGUCGGGAGGUUCUGGCUCAGCCGGGGCAGGCAGGGCAGGGGCUAUGAAGCUGGAGAGCAGACAGGGAUAAGUUCUCUGGGCAGAUGGCCGUGGGGAGGGGCCAUGGCUUGGCACUUCCAGGAGAAAUAGUUUUUGCUGUUGAACUGUGAUUUCUGUCCCAAGUGCUGAUUCCCAUUUGAAUAAAGAUUCUAGGUGGCAGUGUUUGCCUUAAUAUCCUGAAAGUUCAUCUCCCUUUCUUGCUGUUGACCUUCUGCCCUGGACUGGACUGGCUUUUCUGCUCCAGGGGCUUUUUUUCUGGGUUUGGGUCUUGCCCUCCCAGAGGGACUGCUCCCACGGCCCUUCCUGGGAAGUGGGCAGAGAUGAGGAGCUGAGCCGGGUCAGGGGGGUUGGGGGUGGAGGCAGCCUUUCUCGUGCCCCUCCCUUUUCUUCCAUCUCUUCUUUCCCCAAGGCGCCAUGGCUGUGACGCUGGGGGCAGCGGAGGGACGGUUUGGGACUGGGUGGGAUUUUUGGAACAUCUGCAAUAUCCUAUUUGUAAGCCUUCCCCUGGGGAAAAGGAGUGGUUUCUGGCUGAAUUCUAUCUUAGGCCCAAGAGGAAAGAAAAUAGAAAUUGGCUUCCAGGCAGCCUGGGUUACAGCCUAUUUUUUAAGAAAGGGGACUGAGGGGAGAAACGGUUUGUCGCUCUAAGAGCACACGAGGGCUGGCCCUCUCUUCUGUGUGCUCUUGGCUCCCGAGGAGCUGACCUCAGUCUUCUAAGAAGGUGGGCCAGAUCCUGGCACAGACCAGCAUUUGCUGACUUUGCACUCCCAACUACAGUGCCUUGCAAGUACUCAGCAGUACAUACGGGAGUGAAGCCCCCAUGAGAGCCGUUCCUGCCAUGUCCUGUACCUCAGAUCGAGAGUGGCAGGUGCGGAGAUGGACAGUGCACAUGCGGUACCUUUAAGCCGGGGAAGCCCCUGUGCUUGAAAUUCUCUAUAUCCUGCCCCAAGUCCCACCAAGUCAUUCACUUGACUGCAGCACUUCCUGUUCUCUUAAAAAUCCCAGCCUUUCCCUUUCGCUGAGAGAAGUAGCACACUUUGGUUUCUUCUUGGUGGGAAUGAGAUGGCCAGGCCUUUUUAUCCUAUGCAGACAAGGGAAGACAAGGUAGAGGACACAGGAGGCCAAUAUCAUCCUCACUGCUGGGUCAGCAGCUGGCUCAGCUCUCCCUUGCUGUCUCCUUCUUUGUUCCUCACCCCGACGACAUGGCUUCUCUCCUAGGGGUUGCCAGUGGCCUUCUCGUGCUAAAUCCAGCAGACCCUUUCAUAUCUUACACUGGAUCUCUGCAGCAUCUGACAGGGCUGCUCACCCCCAGCUUCUUGAAUUGCACUUCCCUGGCACUCCUGUGGCUGGUCUUCCUCCUGCCUCUGCUAUUCCUUUCAGUUUCCUGUGCAGGCUUCUCCAUUUGCCCCAUGCACAAUGGGGCUUCUCAGGGUUCUGUUGUGGGCUCCCUGGAGGAGCCCAUCCGAGCUGAUGGCUUCAAGGACUCUUUGCCGAGGAACUAAGAGUUGACCUCCAGCCCCAGCAUCCCUCCUGAUCUUCUGAACCAUAGUUCCUCUCGCCUUUGGGUGCACAGACAACUCUCAUGGCCCAGAGGGCACUUGCUGCUGUCCUUUGCAAACCUGCCUCUUUUGGGUACCUGCCGUGGCCCCAAGACCCCUCAGGAGCCAGACCAGAAACCUGCUUUCUAGCCCUGCUUUCUCUUUCUGCCCCUCCCACUCAUCCAAUCUCUAAAAACUGUUAAGUUUACCUUCCUAACAUCGCUUGAUUCGAGCCACACCCACUGUCAUCAGCUUACACCUGGAUUAUUGUGACAGCCUCCUUCUCCUUCUAUGUCCCACAGCCAGAGUUGUCUAAAAUGUAUAGCUGAUCAAGUCACUUCCUGGCCUACAACCUUCCAUGGCUCCCUACUGCCCUCAGGAUAAAGUCCAGACCCCUUAGCAUGGUUUGUGAAACUUGUGAUGUCUGGUUCCUGCUCGCCUCUCUGGCCUCAUCACUUGCCACCUUGCACCCUGUGUCCCCGCCUCCUGUAUUCAGAGAUGCCACUUUGAUUCCCCUUUCUUCUGCCCACCUGGAUACCUUCUCUGUCAGUUCUCAGCUUAGAUUUCACUUCCUCUGAGCUUUGUCCCCUCUCCCCCCCAGCACACCACACAAAUCACUCUAGGCUUGCUGGUCUAUCUCCCCACUAGACUGUAAGCUCCUUGAGGGCAGGGACUGUCCUUCAGUUUUUGUAUUAACAGUGCCUGGCUUGGUGCCCGGUACAUAGAAAGCACUCAAUAAACG